GCGACCGUACGGUAGAUGUGCCUAGGUUAGUGAAAAUGAAGCGAAGAAGAAGUUAUUUCUUUUAAGAAAAACGCCGAGGUUCCCCGGAGGAGCGCUUUGCGUCUAUAACUAUCUUCUUAUUGAGUGGUAAAGUUAGCUGUACUUUUGAACUUUCGUGCUCCCAAAAUGAUGAAGCUCAAGUCCAACCAAACCCGGACGUACGACGGGGAUGGCUAUAAGAAGCGGGCCGCUUGUCUGUGCUUCAGGAGCGAGACCGAGGAGGAGGUGCUGUUGGUGAGCAGUAGUCGACAUCCUGACAAGUGGAUAGUCCCUGGAGGGGGAAUGGAGCCUGAAGAGGAGCCCAAUGUUGCUGCUGCUCGAGAAGUGUGUGAAGAGGCCGGCGUGAAGGGGACUUUAGGUCGCCUAGUUGGAAUAUUUGAGAACAAGGAGAGAAAACACAGAACCUACGUCUAUGUUCUUAUUGUAACGGAGGUGCUGGAAGACUGGGAGGACUCGGUCAACAUUGGGAGAAAAAGGGAAUGGUUUAAAAUAGUCGAUGCCAUACAAGUGUUGCAGUGUCACAAGCCUGUGCAGGCCACCUACUUCGAGGCUCUCCAGGGGAGUUGCCUGACCAGUAAUGGAACGCCACUGGUGACCACAAUAGUCUCUUUAGCUGAGCUGCGUCACCUGGCCUCGUCGUAAGGCAGCUGGCUCAAUACUGUGAAACUGGAGGCGCUGUAGAUAGCAUGUAAGAGGUUUUUAUUGUAAAUUGUUUAUUUCUGUA